AUGUUCUUCUAUUCCUGCAGCUUCUGGACACCAUUCUGUCAUGGGUCUUUCACCCCUCUACAGCUGCUCCACUUCUACUUCCCCAGUAUUCCUUCCCUAGUCCUGGUUAUUCCUGCAGACUUCUUUUUGUGGGAGUUCAUUGGAUCUGUGACUCAUCCACCCUUUCCUAUCCUGUCCACCUGGCUGCAGUCGGAGGGAAGCAGCGAGCAAGGCGUUCUCCGAGGUCUCAAGGGGCCCCAAGGCUACGCGGUCAGAACAGAAGCGAAAGCCACGUCCACCACCGACCCACCUCAAGAGCCACAGCCCCACUCAGGUCUCACGCGCAGGCGCAGGGACUGGCCACAGGUGCUGCGACGUCACGGCUUUCCCCUGGGGGCGUGUGCAGCUCGAGGCUUUGCAGGAGGCGCACCUGCGAUGGCCCCACCGCCAGCCGACCACUCCCCCAGCCCCCUGGGGCGUGUUUCUGGGCUUUCCCGUUAUCAAUUAGUUGGAAAUUGCACAUCAUUGUGUCCUGGCCUGACAACAAACACCUGUUCUGAUCUACAGCCUCUUGCUGAAGGAACACCAGGAGACAGACAGCAGGUGGUGGGGUACGCUACAGAGAAGAAAAUGUCUUCACAUAACCAGUGGUCAGCAGAAGAGGAUGAAGGCCAAUUAUCCCGACUAAUCAGGAAAUCUAGAGACUCCCCCUUUGUCCCUGUAGGUAUAGCAGGCUUUGUGUCUGUGGUGUCCUAUGGUCUUUACAAGUUAAAGUACAGAAGAGAUCAGAAAGUGUCAAUUCAUCUUAUUCACAUGAGAGUUGCUGCCCAAGGAUUUGUUGUCGGAGCUGUGACUCUAGGUGUUCUCUAUUCUAUGUAUAAGGAUCACAUUAGACCUCGAUUCUUCAGUGAGUCCAAAAAAUGAAGCUACGUGCUGGAAGCAAGAAAGACAAGAAGCUUCUGAAAACUAUUUAUUAUGAAGAGUAAAUUUUCAAUAUGUAGCCAAUUUUACUACAGAAGUGUUACAGAAUGCUCAUAGCCUUUGUAUUUCAAGUCUCAAUGUUUUAAGAAGUUGAUUUCCAGAUCAACAAUCAUAAACAGUCAACUCAGAUAUCCUGUGUUGAUGUCUUUCAGAACCUAGGGCAUGAUUUUCUGACUUAAUUUUUUAAAAUUUUGUAGUUAGUGGCAGAACAUAAUCUGCCACUAAUCUGUCAAACUAAUGAUAAUCUGCCAAACCAAUCUAAAAAAUUAAUAGUUAUACAAUGGUUACAGAAGAUUUCUCUUUUCUUUUUUUUUUGAGAUGGAGUCUUACUCUAUUGCCCAGGCUGGAGUGCAGUGGUGUA